AUGGAGGCUCAACAAUUGCUUCCGGAGCUCAAUGAUGUUCAGUACUGCACAGACGUCUUGCAAAUCCCCGUUGACCAGUCGGAAGUAAGCAUCGACCGCGAGCUCGUCUUAAGGGCCAACUCUCUGGGUAUCAAGGCAACAUUGCCCUCGCUUUCCGAUUCCAAUCACAGUACCUCGAGUUCUGCGUCGCAGUCAACCGAUUCGACCUCAAAUGAUCAAGUCUUUUCGACGCCAUCAGACGGGACGAACAGCGCAUACCUGACGCCCCAUUCCUCCAUCUUUGGUCCCCCGAGUCCAGAUCCGGGAGCCCCAGACUCCACAGCCAAGUCAUUGCGAAACUUCAACUUUGGCCCUUACGAAAAGUAUCUGGCGCGGAAUGCGUCAGCGUUGGAGAGCGACCGGCGAAAGUCCAGCGUGGGCGACAGCUCGAGCCAAAGCAUAUUCAGCGUCAGUACGAAGAAAAGCCUGUCUGGGUUUAGAAGUCGCAUGAAGCUGAGAAAGAGGCCAUCGCGGUCAAUGGAACCUGGGCUGUAUGUCUCUGUCCUGUCGCCGCUGCGAAUGCACAAUCUUCAAGCAAACAACUGA